CUAGGAGCUAGAAUUUAACGGUGCUGCUGGACUUUUAAACAGUGAUCCAGAACAACGGGCUUUGUUAAGAAAAUCGUGACUCUCGGAAAAGGCGGGGCGGUAUGGGCUGUUGUCUAGGUUGCCUGGUGGGUAAUCCGGCCCUGGACAGAAGAGCAUUUGAUUAAAUUGCUCUUUAUAAUUGACCUUUUUUCAUUUUUAAUUCCUUCAGAACCAAUGAAGCCCAAUUUCCAGAUGUGGCUUCAGCAGAGGAUUAAAGUUUUCCCAGGGCUACUGUCCAGCAGCUGGGCACGUAGAGUCCUUGCAGUUUCUGGAUUCCUGGUAAUUAUCUACUGGUAUAUUUUCUCAGGGUCCCAUUACAGAUCAUUUUGGUAUUCAGGCAAGCAAUGGGGUGUUUCUGGAGCUUGUCUGCAGGCUCAGAUCGUGCAGUGGAAAACAUUGGCAGAGAAGGGGGAUGUGGUUAUGGUCAGUUUUCCAGGUGAAGAAAUAAAACUGCAAGGCCCAGCCAUGGUUGGCAAUGGACAGAUCAUUGUGGAUGUUGGUAAAAAUAACCUUUGGGUCUCUUCAUUGUCAGUACUAUUUCAUCUGACCAAUUAUUCUCCUUUGACCUUAUUUAAGAAUGUAGGCGCAUUGGCAGAGACUCAUGCAACUGCAAUUUUCCUCAAAGAAGGUUUGAUAAGAACCAUUCGUUGCCUGCAAGUUGAAGCUUCUGACUCACCUCGUGAUUGUGUUACAGUGAGAGAAGAUCAUUUUGCACAUAGAAGCAGGCCACAUGUGUAUGUACAAAAUAUUCACAUUACAAAUCCAAGUGACAGAGUGGUGACUUUUGAUAUCUCAUCCCAGAAACCCCUUACAGGGGAGACAUUUUCCACCAGCCUGGAGAAGGUUCAAGAAAAGCAAUUCCUGCUUUCUUCUGGAAGGGUAUCUGUUGAAGAUGGCAAAAUUAUUUUAGUUGUGGUUGCCACCAAAAAGUUAGCCAGUAGACUGCAAGUAAGUCCAAAAUCAGAGCAUGACGAAACUGUACUUUCUGUUGUUUAUGCUUCUGAACCAAUAGACCCUGCAAAGCUGUCUGAUACCUUUAGUGAAUUACGAGAAAAUGCAAAGAAGGAAAUGUUUGAAUUGAUGCACAUGAAAACGGAAGACUUGUUUCACGAACAUCAACAAAUUUGGUCAGACUUGAUUGUAUCAGGCAUAGAGAUGAAAAAGAUUACCGACUUGCAUACCCCAUCCAGAGAUACAAUCAACAUUACUCUUUACUACAUGCUUUCCUGCUCUCUGGCACCCUUGGUGGACCCCGCUUUAAGUAAUGAAGAGAGAGAGAAAAUGGAAUCCUUUCUGAAUUAUGCUGAUCACUGUUUCACUGGUCAUUCCAGCAUGCAUGCUGAGAAUUUGUGGCCUGGUAGCCUUAGUGGUAUUACACAACUUUUGCAACUCUGGGAUUUAUGGAAAUUGACUUUACAAAAGAGAGGAUGCAAAAGUCUUGUGUCAGCUGGUGCCCAUGGACUAAUGCAGGGUAUGCUUCUGAGCUUUGGAGGCUUGCAGUUUACAGAGAACCACCUUCAGUUUCAGUCUGACCCACAUGUCCUCCACAAUAGUUACUCACUUCGUGGAAUACAUUAUAACAAAGACCUCAUUAAUCUUGCUGUCCUGCUAGAUCAAGAUGAGAAGCCUUUUCUCCAUGUGUCUGUGAAAUUUCAGGAUAAACUGGUAAAACUUUAUGCCUGUGAAGCAGGAUGUCUAAAUGAACCAGUAGAAUUGACUUCUGAAGUUCGGGGGCACAUAUUUCCAGUGCUCAUAACUCAGCCAUUAACCCCGCUGCUGUAUAUUUCUACAGAUCUGACACACCUUCAGGACUUAAGACACACCCUUCAUCUGAAGGAAAUUUUGGCACAUGAAGAACAUAUGGCAAAGCAAUAUCGAGGGCUGCCUUUCUUGUUUUGGUUUAGCGUGGCGUCACUUAUCACACUGUUCCAUUUGUUCUUGUUUAAACUUAUCUACAAUGAGUAUUGUGGUCCAGGUGCCAAGCCACUCUUCAGGAGUAAGGUAUAAUUCUAAUCCUAGCUCAAGCUUCCUGUUGCCUAAUACAGAGCUGUACUUCAUCAUGGCUGUGCCUGGUUUGGAAAUAUAAUGUUUGCUUGGGAAUUUUGCUUGGUGUGUGCAUGUGGUGAUGGGUUUUCAGUUUCCACAGAAUGUGUCAUGCAAUACAAGUGAACAUUUUAGGAAGAUUUUCAAAUGUAAAAAGAGCUGCACUGUUAAUUGAAAAGCACAAAACUUGUUUGUAAAACUGCUGUUAAAUGUAUUGAAGAGUAUUUUUAGCUGUCAGUGUAUUCAGCACAAAUUAGUCAUUUCUUUCAUUACCUUUUUAAAGUAGGUUACAAUUUUGAUGUUCAGUGCAUUUAUAGACUUUAAAUUAUAUAGACAGCCUCAAUAUUUUGCAUAUUAAUAGGCUGUUAAUCAUUUAACGUGUAUGGCAGACAAACCAGUUUAGUAAACAAUCAAAUCAAUGGAUUCGUAAAAUCCCUUGUUAUCAUAUUAAUUCAGGAAAUUUUAGGCAACUUGUGUUAGAUAGACAUAUUAAAUAUGUUAUGAAAAGCAGGUCUAAAAACAAAAUUUGCUGUGCUUUUUUCCACGUUAAUAAUGAUAAGUCUUAUUUUGGCUCUUUGCACAGGAGUUUUGUAAUUUCAGGGUGUGGCCCUUUUAUGAGUGUAUGGAAAUUAAUUACAUCUUCUUAUAUAAUACGAAAUGUCACAUACUCCAUUACAGUGGCAGUUCUUACUGCAAGUUUAUGCUUUUGAAUCAUACUUUAAUGAAGUACUACUACUGUUUUCCCCUCCUCUAUUUAUUUGAUUCUAGUGUAAAGUUCUAAACCAACUUUUAAAGGGAUCCUGUCAUUGGAAAACAUGUUUUUUUCAAAACGCAUCAGUUAAUAGUGCUACUCCAGCAGAAUUCUGCACUGAAAUCCAUUUCUCAAAAGAGCAACAGAUUUUUUUAUAUUCAAUUUUGAAAUCUGACAUGGGGCUAGACAUUUUGUCAAUUUCCCAGCUGCCCCUGGUCAUGUGACUUGUGCCUGCACUUUAGGAGAAAAAUGCUUUCUGGCAGGCUGCUGUUUUUCCUUCUCAAUGUAACUGAAGGAGUCUCAGUGGGACAUGGGUUUUUACUAUUGAGUGUUGUUCUUAGAUCUACCAGGCAGCUGUUAUCUUGUGUUAGGGAGCUGUUAUCUGGUUACCUUCCCAUUGUUCUUUUGUUUGGCUGCUGGGGGGAAAAGGGAGGGAGGGUGAUAUCACUCCAACUUGCAGUACAGCAGUAAAGAGUGAUUGAAGUCACAUGACUUGGGGCAGCUGGGAAAUUGACAAUAUGUCUAGCCCCAUGUCUGAUUUCAAAAUUGAAUAUAAAAAAAUCUGUUUGCUCUUUUGAGAAAUGGAUUCAGUGCAGAAUUCUGCUGGAGCAGCACUAUUAACUGAUUCAUUUUGAAUUUUUUUUUCCCCCAUGACAGUAUCCCUUUAAGGUUCUUUUUUAAUUGAGUUUGCAUUUCUGUGGAAAUGUUUUUGUAGUGAUAAAUGACUUUUUGCUUUGUCAGCUAAUGUGAUUUUGCAACAAUUUAGCAGCAACUUGCUAUACAUUUUUUGAAUUUUUUCAAAGGCAAAGAAUGUAUCCUUUAAACACGUUUUCAAUUAUCAAUUUUUUCUUUUGUAAUAAAAUUAUUGUAAAUACAUAAAUCUGAACUUUUCAUUCCCCAGCUAUGCGCUUCACCUUCUAAUUUACCUCCCUAUGUCUUUAUUUGUAUGUGUGUAUAUUUUUAUUUGUAUAGCGCUC